CAAACAAGAUCACAAGAAUACAAAGUGCGCCAUUUUAUGGUCUGCAGAUAAAAGGCAGUUUGGACCUUAGAAAAGAAAACAUGACACUCUAGGAGAGUCACUGUGCACCUUAUGCACGUUGAGUGAACAUUUAGAGAUCUCAUACUGCAAAACGAUGGACGACAAAGAAGAAAAGAACUGCAACAAUGAGGAUGAUGAAGAGGAAGAAAGAAAAGAACCAAAAACAAUUCUGGGGAUCUUUACAAGAAAGCAGUUCAUCAUGUUAUGUAUUGGUAUCGGUCUGAUUGCACUUCUUCUCGUCAUUAUUUUAACUUCAGUAUUUGUGAUCAGGAGAUCAGAUGCUUCAGUCGACGUGGACAUGGAGCCUUUCCCAACUGGUGGAGACAUGCUUGACUUUCUUCUCCAAACUGGAGAAAUUCGGGAGAAAGAUGGUCUUUAUGCAACAUGGUAUCACUCAGCCAACAAUAAGUCUGAGAUGAACAAGGCCUUGAACAGUGAUGUAUUGAUCCUGGAAGCUGAUAUAAAUGUACAAGGUCAUAAUACAGCCAAUGAAACCAAUAUUCCCAUCAUGGCCCAUCCACCGGACAUAUACAGUGACAACACUCUGGAGGACUGGCUGGAUGCUGUACUCAAAUCAAAGAAAGGGAUAAAGCUGGAUUUUAAGAGUAUUAAUGCUGUGGAGCCCUCAUUGGAUCUGCUGAGAGAGAAAAAACAAAUGGGGAUCAACCGCCCAGUGUGGAUAAAUGCAGAUAUUCUCCCUGGUCCUAAUGUUCCUGAUUUCUGGCCAGUGGUCAAUGCUUCUGAGUUUUUUGAGCUCAUUCAGCUGAAAUUUCCUGACGUCACCAUCUCUCCAGGAUGGAAGGUUCUUUAUCUUUCCAUCCUCCCCAAUCUGACAUACACGCGCAAUAUGGUGGAGCAGAUGUACUCUACUGUAAGACACCUCCCUCAGAAAAUCACCUUUCCUGUCCAUGCUUUGAUGGCCAAGAAUGGGUGGCCACACCUGAGCUGGCUGCUCAGCCAAUCUUCAAGGUUUAGUUUAACACUGUGGCAAGGAAAGGAGAACCCCACUGUGAAUGAUCUUCUCUUCAUCAGAGACAACAGCAACCCUCAGCGCAUCUAUUAUGACAUCUAUGAGCCUGUGCUCUCACAGUUCAAAGAAGCUGCAAAGCUGAGAAACAGACCCAGAAGAUUCUAUCCAGGUGGAGACAUAGUUGACUACUUCAGGCCGGUGAAUGGUGAUGGACUCAACAUCCAGUGGGAUACAGUGACUGAUAAAGACUAUUUGCUAUCUUUGCUUAAAGAUAGCCCUGGAGGAAUGCUGGUGAUCCCAAUAUUAUCUAGGGUAGGUCAACCAAACAUUCCUGUCGUUCAGGGUUCCCAACCUGAGCUUCCUCUUCAGGACUGUCUGGAGCUUAUUCUUGCCUCUAAGAAGCCGUGGGGACUCUACUUAAGGAUAAAGUCCCAGAAUCAUCUGAGCCCAUCGCUGGAGCUCCUUCGUCGGGCCUAUGACAGAGACCUGCUGCACCACCCCACCUGGGUUAACAUGGACGUAGCCCACGGAGCUUUCCAUAUCCACGGCUAUGUGAUGGGAAAAGAGUUCUUGAGAACCAUUGAUCAAAUCUUUCCAUAUGUGACCCUGGCUCCAGGUUGGCCUAAAGAGGUUCUCAAUGAAGGCUACACACCAGAACUGGUCGAGGACAUGGUGCAGCUCUUUCAGGGAGCCUGGCAAGAUGUUUCACUGCAGCUUCAGGUCGAGGCACUGGACAGGACUGUGACUGGAUAUAAGAGCUUUAUCCAUGCACAAUCACGCUUCUCACUGACUCUAGAGAAGCGGGCAGAGGACCGAGGCCUCAGUUCUGGGAUUGAAAGCUUAAUGUCUAUCCGAGCAGUGAACAGACAGCGGAGCUUCUACAAUAUGUCUAAUAUAUACAGAAAACAUGCAGAAAAUCUGUUUGUCUGAAAAUCAAGAUUAUAUCUUUGACAAAGACAUUGCAAAACGAAAGUCAACCAUAAUGCUGUUUUAAAUAGUCCACUGACAAGAUAAUGUACAUAAAUGUUCAUUGAAAACUUGAGAGAUUAAUAUUUAAAAUAAAUUCUUUCAUGGCUCUAAGAAUUUUAA